AUGACCUCAUUAGGCCCCGCCCCCUCCUCCCUCCCCCUGCGCCCCCUCCUGCUGUCCCUCUGGCUUUGGGUCGGCGGGGUGAGCCCCUCCCACCAGCACUUCCACCCCCACUCCAUAAAGAUCCCCGGGGACAUCACCCUGGGGGGCCUGUUCCCCAUCCACGCCCGCGGGCCCCACGGCGUGAACUGCGGCGAGCUGAAGAAGGAGAAGGGCAUCCACCGCAUGGAGGCCAUGUUAUACGCCCUGGACCAGAUCAACGGGGACGAGGACCUUCUGCCCAACAUCACGCUGGGGGCCCGCAUCCUGGACACCUGCUCCAGGGACACCUACGCCCUGGAGCAGUCCCUCACCUUCGUCCAGGCGCUGAUCCAGAAGGACACGUCCGACAUCCGCUGCUCCAACGGGGAGCCGCCGCUCAUCCGCAAACCCGAGCGCGUGGUGGGGGUCAUCGGGGCCUCCGCCAGCUCCGUGUCCAUCAUGGUGGCCAACAUCCUGCGGCUGUUUGAGAUCCCUCAGGUCAGCUACGCGUCCACGGCUCCAGAACUCAGCGACAACAACCGCUACGACUUCUUCUCCCGGGUGGUGCCCCCGGACUCCUACCAGGCCCAGGCCAUGCUGGACAUCGUCAAGGCCAUGGGCUGGAACUACGUCUCCACGCUGGCCUCCGAGGGAAACUACGGGGAGAGCGGCGUGGAGGCCUUCAUGCAGAUCUCCAGGGAGGCC